UCUAGUUUAGUUGUCGCGGCGGGACCAGGACCUGGUCCGAGACGCGCGGUGCGAGCCAGUGGCAGAGCCAUGGCUGGCGGGGAAGACCGCGGGGACGGGGAGCCGGUAUCAGUGGUGACCGUGCGGGUGCAGUACCUGGAGGACACCGAUCCCUUUGCAUGUGCCAACUUCCCGGAGCCGCGCCGGGCCCCCACCUGCAGCCUGGACGGGGCGCUGCCCCUGGGCGCACAGAUACCCGCGCUGCACCGCUUGCUGGGGGCGCCGCUCAAGCUAGAGGACUGUGCCCUGCAAGUGUCUCCCUCUGGAUACUACCUGGACCCUGAGCUGUGCCUGGAAGAGCAGCGGGAAAUGCUGGAGGGCUUCUAUGAAGAGAUCAGCAAAGGGCGGAAGCCUACAUUGAUCCUGCGGACCCAGCUCUCCGUGAGGGUCAAUGCCAUCUUAGAAAAAUUGUAUGGCUCCAGUGGCCCUGAGCUCCGCCGCUCUCUCUUCUCACUAAAGCAGAUCUUCCAGGAGGACAAGGACCUGGUGCCUGAAUUUGUGCACUCAGAGGGGCUGAGUUGCCUGAUCCGUGUGGGUGCUGCUGCUGACCACAACUACCAGAGCUACAUCCUCCGAGCCCUGGGCCAGGUGAUGCUUUUUGUGGAUGGGAUGCUGGGAGUGGUGGCCCACACUGAGACCGUGCAGUGGCUGUACAUGUUGUGUGCCAGCCUGUCCCGCCUGGUGGUGAAGACAGCUCUGAAGCUGCUGCUGGUGUUUGUGGAAUACUCUGAGAGCAAUGCACCGCUGUUCAUCUUCGCAGUCAACUCUGUGGCCAGCACCACCGGUGCUCUGCCAUGGGCCAACCUGGUGUCCAUCCUAGAGGAGAAGAAUGGUGCAGACCCUGAGCUGUUGGUGUACACAGUCACCCUCAUCAACAAGACGCUGGCAGCGCUCCCAGAUCAGGACUCCUUCUACGACGUGACGGAUGCACUGGAGCAGCAGGGCAUGGAGGCGCUGGUCCAGCGGCACUUGGGCGCUGCGGGCACUGACAUCGACUUACGUGCACAGCUUGUGCUCUAUGAGAGUGCCCUGCGGAUGGAGGAUGGAGACAUCGAGGAAGCUGCCGCAGGUGGGCGGCGGGAGCGUAGAAAGCCCUCUUCAGAGGAAGGCAAGAGGAGCCGCCGAUCUCUGGAAGGCGGGGGCUGCCAUGUGCGCACCCCGGAGCCUGGCCCCACAGGCCCCGCCUCCUCCUUUUCUUCCUCCUCCUCCUCCGGCCCCGACCCACUCACAAGCCCAGUGCCCAGCCCCACGGGCCCUGCCUCUGGCCUCUGUACCUCUGUGAACCUCUUUCCUGCCCUCUCCGUGGCAUCCUCAGCCGACAGCUCCUGUGAGAGGAGCAUCUACAAACUUCACCAAACUGCUCCUAUUUGGGCCCCUGAGAGCCCACCUGUCCCCCAGCCCUCUACUGGGCAGGCCAGGCUGGAAGCCCGGUUCCUGGAGAAUGUGGCGGCAGCAGAAACAGAGAAGCAGGUGGCGCUGGCCCAGGGCCGGGCAGAGACAUUGGCUGGGGCAGUGCCCGAUGAGGCUGAUGGACACCCAGAUGCCCGGGAACUGUGGAGUACCCCUGAACCGGUCCUGGUUUCUGCACCCAGAACACCCCAGAGCCCUGCCCCCCGAGUCCUGCUCAGGUCUCAGAGGAGCCUUGAGCCAGAGCCCAAGGAGCCACUGGCCCCACCAAGCCCCAAGGCUGAGCCCACCCAGGAGUUCCCUAUCCAUGUACCCAAGCUCUGCAUUGGGGACCUGGACUUCUCAGAUCUGAGGGAGGACGAAGACCAGGACAUACUGAACAUAGAGACUGUGGAGGCUGGGAAAGGGGUCCCACCCCCACCACCCCCAUUGCCCUUGCUCUCUGAAGGCCCCCCACCUCCACCACCCCCACCCCCACCACCCAUCAAAGGCCCCUUCCCACCACCUCCACCGCCAGUUGCCCCUCUUCCCCCAUCAGCACCUGACGGCCUAGCCCUCCCCACCAAGAGGAAGACAGUCAAACUCUUCUGGCGGGAGCUAAAGCUGGCUGGGGGCCAUGGAAGCUCUGGGGGCCGCUUUGGGCCCUGCUCCACCCUGUGGGCCUCCCUGGAGCCUGUCUCUGUGGACACAGCCCGGCUGGAACACCUGUUUGAGUCCCGUGCCAAGGACGUAUUACCUUCCAAGAAAGCUGGUGAGGGCCGCCGGACAAUGACCGUAGUGCUGGACCCCAAGCGCAGCAACGCUAUCAACAUUGGUCUAACCACACUGCCACCUGUGCAUGUCAUUAAGGCUGCCCUGGUCAACUUCGAUGAGUUUGCUGUCAGCAAGGAUGGCAUUGAGAAACUACUGACCAUGAUGCCCACGGACGAAGAGCGGCAGAAGAUCGAGGAGGCCCAGCUGGCCAAUCCUGACAUACCUUUGGGCCCAGCUGAGACUUUCCUGAUGACUCUUGCCUCCAUCGGGGGCCUGGCUGCCCGCCUACAACUCUGGGCCUUCAAGCUGGACUAUGACAGCAUGGAACGGGAAAUUGCAGAGCCACUGUUUGACCUGAAGGUGGGCAUGGAACAGCUGGUGCAUAAUGCCACCUUCCGCUGCAUCCUGGCCACCCUUCUGGCUGUGGGCAAUUUCCUCAAUGGCUCCCAGAGCAGUGGCUUUGAGCUGAGCUACCUGGAGAAAGUGUCAGAAGUGAAGGACACAGUGCGUAGGCAGUCGCUGCUGCACCAUCUCUGCUCCUUGGUGCUCCAGAUGCGGCCUGAUUCCUCCGACCUCUACUCGGAAAUCCCCGCCCUGACCCGCUGUGCCAAGGUGGACUUUGAACAGCUGGCUGAGAACCUGGGGCAGCUGGAGCAUCGGAGCCAUGCAGCCGAGGAGAGUCUGCGGAGCUUGGCCAAGCAUGAGCUGGCCCCCGCCCUGCGUACCCGCCUCACCCAGUUCCUGGCCCACUGUUCCCGACGCGUUAAUAUGCUGCGAGUAGUGCACCGCCGUGUCUGCAACAGGUUCCACGCCUUCCUGUUGUACCUGGGGUACACCGCACAGGCAGCCCGUGAAGUACGCAUCAUGCAGUUCUGCCACACGUUGCGGGAGUUUUCGCUGGAGUACCGGACCUGCCGAGAUCGGGUGCUCCAACAGCAGCAGAAGCGGGCCACGUACCGUGAGCGCAACAAGACCCGGGGACGCAUGAUCACUGAGACAGAGAAGUUCUCAGGAGUGGCUGGGGAAGCCCCCAGCAACCUAUCUGUCCCAGUGGCUGUGGGUAGUGGGCCAGGCCAGGGUGAUGCAGACAGUCACGCCAGCAUGAAGAGUCUGCUGACCAGUAAGCCUGAAGAUAAAACACACAGCCGCCGCAGCAGAGGCCUGGUCCAGAGCAGCUCCCCAGUGCCCACAGCAGUGGGGGCCUCCAAUGCACCCCCAGAAGAAUCCCCAGGCUCCGGUUCACCCAGUGACACUUCAGAUGAGAUCAUGGACCUGCUGGUGCAGUCAGUGACCAAGAGCAGUCCUCGUGCCUUAGCUGCUCGGGAACGCAAGCGUUCCCGUGGCAACCGCAAAUCUUUGAGACGGACAUUGAAGAGCGGACUUGGAGAAGACCUGGUGCAGGCACUGGGACUGAGCAAGGGACCUGGCCUGGAGGUGUGAAGCCGCUGCCUUCAGGAUACCUACCUGGGCCACAGUUUGCAUGCAAAAGACUAUAUAAAGUGAGGAGGGGCCAGAGCAGAAUUCUGGGCAUCUUCUCAACCCUGACGUCACUCUGUACCCAGUGGCCAGUGCCUUGAGCAGUAUUAUCAGUGUUUGUGUGUUUGUGUGUGUGUGUGUGUGUGUGUGUGUGUGUAAGCUCCCAGAACACGUGGAGCAUAAUAAAGUUUUCUU